AGAUACGUGUGUUGUAAUCGCAAUCGUUUGCGAUAAUUGUACAAAAUAUCCUCUCUCUUGUUGUUAAAUUAUUUCUGUUACGAUUGAUUGACAAGGACUUACAUCGGACUGCAAUUUAUUUUAAUAACAAGAAAACAUUAAGUACACCGUAGUAUACCGAAGGAAAUUGCGAUAUGAGAAACGUGCGAUUGCAAUAUAGCAAUUUUGCAGGCAUAAAAUUAUUUUAGUGCUCAUUACAGAUUCGAAUAGAUUUUUCAUCGAUCAUUAUUUACUUACCUCUCCAAUUCACUGUACGUCCGUGACAUAAAUAGCUUAUGUAGCCGGCAAAAUAUAGCGUAUCACGUGAUACGUCGUCGCGUAUAUUCUGCUGUUACUUUGAAAAUAAACCGUUUGACAUUUAAGAAAUCGCGUCUGUUUGACUCUGCUUAUUUUCGAAGAGCUCUUGCGAAAACUGCCAUUUCGUGCGGCGUUCUUUGCCCAUACGUUCUCGCAUACACACAUGCACACAAACGCGAGAAUGUGUAUUAAGUGCGGAGUGAGAGUUGUUCGUAGUGACGUUGCUGCCGACCCACGUCUUUGCGACCGAAUGGGUAAACCAGGAUCGGCUUCGAGAAGAAAGUUUCAGUUCGCGCAGGCCCGAGAAAGGCGACGCAGUCCUUUAUAUUGAGAACGAAACAAGUCGUUCAAAUACAAAAUUGUGUUAAUAGACCAAGACAUUUAAUAUUUGUCAAUUACCGCAAAACUGAAUUCAGAUCAAUAAGUUUAUCGUAGAGUGGUGCAUCGUAAAUGAUUAUACAGUAGAAAAAUUUUAAUAUUACAGUGUGUGUAAUAUUAAUAUCGGAUAUUAUAUUGUAAACAGAGAGCGUUCAAGAGAAAUGUGAUCAACUUUUACAAAAGUUAGCAACUUUUAUAUUUUCUACUGUCAAAUCAAACAAAGAUUGAUGUUUGUUAAGAAAUAAAGAAAGCAAAUUUUGAAUUGUCCGCAAAAUGAUGAGUAAAUUUAUCUUUAUGUGGUGUCUCUCAUAUUUAUAUCUUAAAACUCAUGCUGAACAUUCGUUACAACACUCUGAAGAAUUAUCUGAUGGAAGUCAAUGUACUUUCGACGCAUCUCAGAAGACUUACAACGUAACAGAUUUAAUGGGAUGUAUGAACGAAUUGAUGACAAAUCUCUUUGCGCAAACUAACGGUCGAUCACUGAAACAACCAAGUCAAUCGGAUCUGUUAACGCAUGAAAAAAAUUCCUAUCAAUUUCCUUAUGAAGAUAUAAUUGCAAAUUUAUUUAAUAACGGAGCCUCAUCGAUAUAUCAGAAUCUCCCAUUAGAUUCUCUUGCCAAUAAUUACCAAAAUUUUCCAAAUGCACCAAACGAGCUUUUCGGUCAAUUCGGCGAUUUUAGAGUGAAUCUGUUCAACGCUCUAUCAUCGAUCUCUCGCAACGAUGAUCUGAAGUGUGUGCCCAGAAUAUUGUGCGAAAUAGCGAGUGGGAACCCACCAGGAGAAUAUAAGCAAACGUCGACGGGGAACAACAAACAAUACGGGAUAUUAGGGGAUUUUGGAAGAAACGCUUUUAUUCAAUGGCUAGCCAGAUUUGACAUAGCAGAAACAUCUCCCUUACUAAGUUUCGCGCGAGCCGCCACACUGGGUUACAGCAGCAGAGGAAAUCCGGCUAUGUGUUACCGCUCGUUCCCGAGAUGUCCGCGUAAUCCCGACAAACUGGUGCACUACCUGAACAAUCACAAUGGCGGAUUCUUCCGGUUCUUCAACAGAAACGGACACGGGAGUUAUCCUCAACCUUACGCCUUGCAAGGUAAUUCGAGAUUUGUCAGAGGAAGGAGACGGAAAGCUCUGCCCCCGGGUAUCGCCGGAGCGGAAGCUGAUCGCACUGGAACGGGCGAACUAAAGUUCGACAUCCCCGUUUUGAUUACGCGCCAAGAUUACGGAAGAAGCUUUUUCCCGAAGGAAAAUAUACUGGAGAGCUCGGGGCAAGUGGUGUUCCCGGAUCACGAAAAAGCGAAUGAUCAUCCAUCGGAAAACAGGAUUCCUAAAACCCUCUCGGACUUACGGGACUCCGAUGCGAAUAUAUUUUCUCGAGAUUCUCCACCGUUCUUUUCUCGGGCAAUAUUUGUUUGAAUAAUAAAAGAGAUUAGAAUAUUUCGGUCAGAUAAUACGAUUAAAUUAUUUUAUAACAUAUUUUUCGAAAUUGAUAUUCUUGUAAGCGAUAUUAAAAUAAUAUUUAAUUUAUUAAUCUAAAGGCACUAUACAUUAUAUAUUAAAAUAUGUAUUUUUAUGUAUGUAAUAUUUUUCAGGAAUCAGAGGACCAAAGCAUCCGCUUUACUUCUGAAUUGUCAGAUGCAGUAUUCCAUAAUGAAUUUCGGUUUCCAUAUGAAUAAUCCUUUUUUUAAUGGAUGAAUUCUGGAAUAAUGUUCAAGAUAACUGACACUAAUAUUCACUCAGGACUUUAGAUAGGAAAUUAUUUGUUAUAUUUUAUUUAUUAAAACGACUACAUUUACCAAUGUUACAUGAUUUGAAAAAGAUUACUUAAGUUAAUUUUUAAUAUUUAACAAAUAUGUUGCUAAUAUUCAUAAACUAAUGAAAGUAUAUUUUUCAAUUUUAUAUUUGCGUUCUUUACAUUUUAUUAUCUUUAAAUUAGCUAAAAUUCUUUAAUAGCUCUAAUAGUUUACUACCAAAGAUGUCCAUAGAAAUAGUCCAUAAUCCAUAGAAAUGAGUAUUAGACAUACAAUUUUUUUUUAUAUAUUGUUUUUAUUCUUAUAGAAUCUUAAAAAUAUUUGUUCUUUUAGUUCAUUAUAUUACGCUGUCGACAUGCAUGUGGCCAGCAAAAUAUUAGAAAUCGCAAACUCAGCUGGAAAUUCAGCACGUUUGAUGUCGAUAGACAAGCAUCGACCAUUCUACGUGCCAAAGCAUGUAUUCUACCCUCGCUGACGCAAGGGAUUUUCUAUUCGCCUCAUCUCACCUUUUCUUUACAUCCUUUCCAGAGAUUAUGAUACGCCAAUGUACAUAUAAUUUUAAAAUUCAUAUUAAUAAAUUAGAUAUACAUGAAAUCUCUCAAAUUAUUAUUUUAGUUUAAUAAUGUUUUACUAUAUUUUAUAACGAAAAUUAUUUUCCUACAAAAUUCUUUUGAAACAACUCUUGUCUAAAGAAUGCGUCUUUCGCUAAAAAUCCGUUAUUGAAACAAAAGAGUUACCGAGCUGUAGCUCGUAACGUAGUUUUUUCAUUUUCGACAUGAAACGAACAUACAAAGUCACAGCUGUAAAAUUUACGUACAUGACUUUCUCCAAAUAGUGGCCCACCGUUCUCUCGGUGACGUUGUAGAAAUAGAACGUGCAACGUCGGAAAAGCGGCAGACAACGUGUAAUUAUUUUAUCCUUUCUGGCGUGUAAUUUGGGGCGUGCACCACGCUCGUGAACUCGCUGACUCGAUGCAAGGGGCGAUGUGGAAAUGGUGUGGCGGAGACCGUGGCAAUGCCGUAGCCCAAGGGGGGCGUGUGCCGUGAACAGGACCAAGUGGGGUGCAACUGACAGCGGAAGACAAUUAGCCUUCUGAUACAUCCAAUGUCGCGUGAUACGCACCGCGAUACGUAGGAACUUUACAAAGAUUCGUUUCACGCAUCGCGACACGCGGGGAACAGUACGACGUGCGACGAGGACUGUUGAAUUAUAAUCCGCCGCAUGAGAAACAAUGCAAAAACAUCUAAUUAAUUGUCCCAAGUAUAUUACUAAUUAAAGAGUCUAAUCUAUUUAAUUAAAAUUAUAUAAGCAAAUGGAACCUAAAAAUCCUAGGUAUGUUCCGUUGCACUUAGAUUCUUUGAAGUAUUUUAACAAUUCCGCGCAAUAAAAUCUAUAAUGAAAUUAAUUUAUAAAAAGAAUCUUAUCAUGGUAAUUAAAUUAAGAUCCAUGAGAACAUGUUAAGUCUUUAAGCAAUAAAAGAGCUUUGUGCAGUACAUUAGAAUUUCCAAGUGAUAUUGUAAUUAAAUUUAGCUUUUCUGCCCUCGAAAAGAAUAGGAUCGUCGAGUGACGCCACUGGGGCAAAGUGGAUGGCAAGUCGUAAUAGGCUUAGCCUUCAUGAAGAUGCGACAAGGAUGCGAUCCGUGGUGACGCGGCCGUCUAUGCCUACCAUGCCAUAAUCUCGCUCUAUUAGUGCGGUAUUAUUUUCCGUAGUAGACAUCAAAGAGGAUUUCCCGCGGGCCCAUUGUAUCGCGGCGAUAAUUCCUCGUUAUUAGCAGCGCCGCCAUCGUCGGGGCGUUGGUCUCAUGUCGGCUUACCACACCCCAAGUGCCGAAACAAAUCCUCCCGAAUUGGCGGUGCCGAUGCAAAGGAGCAGCUACGACGCAUAACGCAGUCGUCCUCCCGACAAAGGAUCCACCGGGGAGACGGCGAUUGUGGCAGCUAAUCCCCGUGAAAAAUGCGUUGCAGGUGGACGAAUCCACCGAAGACCAGGUGAGGCCGCGCGGGGAUGAGACCGAGUUUUUCCGGCACGAAGGGUGGAUUAAUAAGAUAUCCUUGGUGAUCCCGAAACAGGCGAGUCGAGAAGCGAAAUUUGCGAGGGGUCUCGAGAUGAACUAGAAUGUCGUCGUUUUGUCAGUGAUUAAAAAAAGUAAUCUCGUGUAGCAGGAAAACGUAAAAUAUAAUUAUGUUAUAAAGGGAAUCACAAAUAAACCUUAAGACAAGAACAAUUUCACAACGUAUUCCGAAGUUACUUGCCUUUGCAAAACAUUUAUUGUUUUAUUAAAUAUUAAUAGUUUAAUAGUUUAUUAAGCCAGAAAUUCGCGCAAAGCAGUACAAUCAAAAAACGAUAAAUCAAGCUAAGGAGCUAUCGUACUAAGGAGCUUUAACGGUGCGCGACCUAAUCAGACUGCAGUAGCUACUAUGUCCAAGUUGGCCCGAAAAUAAGACAUAAAUUCUCGAGCACACCCACCCACCCACACAUCGCGCCAUAAAACACCGCCGCGAUCUUAUUUAGCCGUAUAUUUUUCCCCACGAGCGGCUCACAAUGCCUCAAUAUCUUACCGUCGCAAUAUACCACGGGCUAUCCUUUUCUUCUCGAUGGACUUUUCAAUUCGAGGCAUCGGAUCUUUGUCACCGGAAUCGGGGACGCCAAUUCGCCCGCACAAAAGGACCGCGGUAGCCGUAGAUCUCAUUGAAAACUGACUCCCCGCCGCCCUCCCGACCGCUUGAUGGACAGAAUAAUUCGGUGAGAAUGAAAAUUCAUGUCCUUCGGCAGUCCUUCCCUCUGCGGUUCUGCGGCGGGAUCGCGUUGGGGUUCCCGAAAAGCCUGUGAAAUCCUGACGCGCUGGUCAAACCGCCGGAUAAGUGGAUAUCUGCUAGUACAAAAGAAAAGAUACCCUCCACCUUUCGCUAUCACCGUCCACCAGAUUUCCCUUAUCCUCCCUUGCGCGGACAUACGCGGUACCAAUUGCUGGCCGGAACGAGCAGCCAAUCCGCGUUGGACGUAUUACACGUAGAGAGUAUCAUAAUGCUUACAUUUAAAAAAUCAUAUUGUUUUUAGAAAACUUGCAAAUUAAAAAAAUCAUGCUGCAGUGUUAUUACAAGCUUGUUGUACAUUCGUGUCCAUUAGAAAGAUUAUGAAACGUUAACCCUCUACUUGGCGUGCACAAAACCACCGACAAUUUCUGUGAUUCUGGCGUGCAGCGAUCCUCCCCCGUCUUUAAAAAGACCACUUUACCCGGCAGAUCGGUUUUCAAAUCGUUCAUAAAUAAUGAAUCUAGCUACGGGUUGCACCGCGCAACGUCAGUCAAGCACGCUGAUUGCAGCAUUGAAGACACGUGUCGCGGAUCAAUCGUCAGACGCGUGUCAGUAUUUUCGUAUCAUCGCCGAAGGGUGCCUGCCGCUCAUUUCUUUCUCUUUCUCUCUUUCUACUUGUUUUCUCUCUUCCUCUUUAUCACCUUUUAUCCCGUCAAUUCCCUUCCUGCUUCUUCAUGCAGUUCCUUCCUUCUUCUUUUAUGUCAUCGCCCCUGCUGCCUCGAGUUUGCACGCAAAACCAACCGAGUGUCGCGGGAAAGCCAAAGGACGUGGUGCAGGAUUGAUUCUUUUUUUAAAGCGACCAGAGACGACGCUUUAAUGCGACCGGGAUUAUGUGGCUGGACCAAAGCUCCGGAUUUCGCUCGAGAUCGUCGCGGAUAAGCGACGUGCAAACAGAGGUCUAAGAACGCCCCUUGGCUCGUCACAUCGAUCGCUUGUCAGCUGCUGGGAUUUGCUGGUUUUUUAAUUAAAACUGCUGGUGAAACUUAGAUAUACUAGCGGCUCCGGAUAUACGAUCGACGUCGUAAAGUAAAGCAUCGCGUGUAACGUAGAUAUUACGACACGAAAAAUCAUAUGCGUGUUACAUGUUUCGAAAAUGUAGUAAUCUACUACGUAAAUCCCAAAA